GCAGCGGCGUUUUGGAUGAGCUGUGGUGGUCUGAUGGUGGAGGCAGCAAGUCCAGCAAGGAGGGAUUUGCAGUCGUUCAGAAGGAGACCAGCCCCUGGACUAAGAGCGCUGGCUUGAGCAGGUGGUUCUCUGCGGCAGGCUUUUGUUCCGGGUUCGAGGCCGUGCCACUGAGCCGCGGGCGGAAGCCCCGCUGGGCAGCAUGAACAGGACGCAGCGCCCGAGCCUCGAGUCCUGCCUGCUGGAGGACUGCCUGAUGUCGCCGGGCCUGACGGUGUUCCUGGCCGUCUCCUACGGCGCGGUCAUGCUGCUGGGGCUUCUGGGAAACGCCUGCCUGAUCUGCGUCAUCGCCCGGCAGAAGGAGAAGGCCAACGUCACCAGCAUCCUCAUCGCCAACCUGUCGGUGUCGGACGUGCUGGUGUGCGUGUUCUGCCUGCCCGUCACCGUGGCGUACACGCUGAUGGACCACUGGGCCUUCGGCGGCACGCUGUGCCGGCUCAUGCCCUUCGUACAGUGCGCCUCGGUCACCGUCUCCGUGCUGUCGCUGGUGCUGAUCGCGCUGGAGCGCCACCAGCUGAUCCUCAACCCCGGCGGCUGGAAGCCCAGCGCGCCGCAGGCCUACCUGGCGGUGGUGCUGAUCUGGACGCUGGCCUGCUUCACCUCGCUGCCCUUCCUGGCCUUCCACACGCUGACGGACGAGCCGUACCGCAGCCUGCCGCCGCCGCUGCGCGACCGGGAGGCGUGCACGGAGAGCUGGCCGUCGCGCGCGCACAAGCUGGCCUACACCACCUGGCUGCUGCUCUUCCAGUACUGCGCGCCGCUGCUCCUCGUGCUGGUCUGCUACCUGCGCAUCUUCGCCCGCCUGCGCCGCCGGCGGAACAUGCUGGAUCGCGGCGGCGGCGGCGGCAGCGGAGGCGGAGCCGCCGAGAACCGCCGCGCCACCCGCAGCCGCCGCGUCAACGUCAUGCUCGCCGCCCUGGUGGCCAGCUUCGCCGUCUGCUGGCUGCCGCUCAACGCCUUCAACGCGGUGGCCGACUGGCACCACGAGGCGCUGCUCGACCACCACGACCUGGUCUUCUCGCUCUGCCACCUGCUGGCCAUGGCCUCCACCUGCGUCAACCCCGUCAUCUACGGCUUCCUCAACAGCAACUUCAAGAAGGAGGUGAAGGAGGCCCUGCUGCACUGCUGCCGGCGCCCCCUGGAGGACAAGUACGAGCACUUCCCGCUCUCCACCAUGAACACCGAGCUCUCCAAGACCUCGCUGCGGAUAAACUGCCGCAACAACUCCGUCUGAAGGCCCGGCCGCACCUGCGGAUGGUUCCGGAAAGCGCUGGGGACGCACUUGCCCGGACUGGUCUGAGACUGAAGUUCAAGCCGAAUACUUUCUAGCAGUUCCAAUCGAGGUUGUUAGGAAUUAGCUUUUGAGUGGAUAUCCUAAGUGACGGGACUAUACCUCUUUGGGAAGUGUGAGUUUGUUUUGAAGACGGGCCACGCAUUAUGCAUAAAGAAGGCAUCGGUUUUGUGGUUGUGACGAUACUCAAGAGCAUCAGCGUUUAAACACAAGUCUGUAAAUGAAUGCACCUCGGCCAGCUUCACUGGGUGGGUACACUUCCUGAUAAAGUACACUGAGAACAAUUUAUAUAAAGUACAGCCUAUUUAUGGUGCAAUUACAGUAUAAAUGAAUCAACAGAUAGCUACUUGUGCAGUAUUGGUGUUAUACUGUAUGUGUACUGUGAAGUUACAGUGUUACAGUUGUCCCCAUACGUGUAUUCUGAAAGUCUGUGUGUUAAAACAGUUAAUGAAGGGGAUAAAGUAUCUUUAAAAAAAGGUUCUUUGCUUAGAAGAAAAAUAUAAUUGGUUGAAUGUAUGCAUUUUACUUUUCAAAAAUGAAUGUACUAUUUACUAAUAUGUAAAAUGCACUAGAACCAAAAGUAGAUGCUACAAUCUGCAGUUAAAUCACAUACUGAUAGUACAUACCUUUGUAAAUAUAUAUUUUAAAGAAGUAAUAUUUCAAGGAACUUUAAAUUAUUUGGCUUUGUUUUUUUUUUCUUAAAAUAUUUCCUGUUAUUUUAUUUCAACAGAAACAUUUGCUAAAAUGGUAGGAUAUACAGGAUUUUGUAGAAUAUGCUUUGCAUGUCACUUUCAAAGUUGCUUUCAUAAUAUCAGAAAUGCAAAGGGAAAUGGUUUCAGAACUAAUGGUUUCAGAAUUGCACCAUUUCUUUCCCACCCAGAAUUCUUUUAUGAAACUUUACACAUAAGAACACAGUAUUGUAUACACAGCAAUUAAAUUAUUCCACACAAGAAAAGCAUGUUUUGUUUGAUUAAUGCUUUUUGAAGAGUAGAUUUUUUUGGAAUGCUUUAAACAAAAAAAAAUUUCUAAGCCAGUGUUCUAGAGCUACUUUUCUUUCUGUUACCAGUAGUGAUUGUUACAUCAACAUUAGAAUGCUCAGUUAAGAACAUUCUAAUCACGUAUUCGUCAUCUUACACCUUGAAGGGUUAAUGUAUUUUCAGAACAACAUGCCCUGUAGGCAUGAGCUACAUAGACUACUGUAAAAUAUGGUGUAACUAUUUCAUGCUAGUAACCGUGCAUCAAACUUACAUGCUGUGACGGCUGAAUAAACCAAAAAGGAAAACAACUCAAAACACAAAACAUGUCCGUGAUUUAUCUGGAUUUAAUUAAAGUCUGGAUUAAACCAGCUUUGUUUUUCUCCGCUGGUCUGGAUUUAAGAGAGCUUGAUUGCUAUCCUACAUGACUGUCCGUGGCCUGGCACUGAGAUUACGUUUGAUGUUGAAACGAAAGCCUUCUGUGGAUCAAAUCUGUCCUGGAGAAAUAUGGGUCUUUUCCCCUGUGCUAAUUUGGUUUUGAUAGAUCACCGUUGUCACAUAUCUGAUAUUGCCCGGAACAAUAUUUAAUGAAGAGAAAUAGUACAUGUUUUUCUGUAAUGAUAAAUAAAUGUAAACCGGUCAUUUUCACUAAUGUGACUGGUCAUAUGGGCUUCUUUAAUGCAUCAGUUAUUUAAAUAUUGUUUUCUCAUGAUCAAAUAUCUGAAUGUUUCAAGACAGUAAUCUUUCCAUUAUUGCAAAUGCCUCCAAUACCCUAAUUAAAAAUAAAACUAAAAGUAAAAAACAGUCAUGCACAGCAUAUCGACUUGAAUUAACGCUCUCCACUAGCAAAUUAUUCAUAUCCGUAAUCAAUAUAUCUGUUCAACAGGAGAACUUACAGUAUAUAAUUUUAUAGUGCUUCAUGAAGUUACACUAAUAAACUGGCACACUUUAUGAACCAGCAAAUGCUAUGUGACCUUUAAUGUUACAUCUAUCAUGUGAGGAAUACUGCCUUUAACAGACUCUUCUCAUACAUUUCUGACUCACCUGACAUUUGGUAUACAUGACCUUUGACCUCUGUCCUCUUCUCUGUGUAGUUUCUUCAUUUGAAGAAAAAAAAACCCCAUAUGAUGGCCACUGACCUAUGAAAUUUAAUUUCUAAAUAGUGUACGAUAUCAAAAAAUUCUAAGGUCAACAGUUUGACCUUUUGUGUAGAAUGUGUUUGACCCAUGUUGUCACAUACAAUUCCCUGGUACAUGUUUUUAUGUUCCGGACUGUUAUUUUACUCUCUCAGCCCCCCCCCACACCCCCCCAAUUACAUGCUGCUAGUCUGUAUUUUAAAAAAAAAAAUAGUAUUUGUACCAGCAUAAGCUGCAGGCAACAACCUUUGCUAUUAGCUUGUUCCACUGAGCAGUGCUUCUUCUGAAUGUGACACAGGUGUUCUAUCAAAACAGUUAUGAACAGAUGUGUUAUUUUUGUAUAUGCUUAACAUGUCUGCAGCUGCUCUUUGUUCAUUGUUUGGAAUUAGCAAAGUCUUCACAGAAAUACAGCUUCAUGAUUGAUUGAUAUGUAUUUAAGAUGUCUGAUUAGUAUUGAAAAAUACCUGCAUUCAGUUUGGAGAAUGGGCCUUGGGAUUCAAAACAAACAAACAAAAAAUAUCACUCUUGUGCAUGCUAAUGUAUGUCAUCACUAGGAUGUAUUGCAGCGAAGACAGGCAUAUUCAUUGUAUAUCAAUGUAUUGGUAUUUCAAUGACUGUCGAACAACUCACUAGUAAGUAACACACACACACGCACACAGAAAGCUCCCUUGGGCAGCCAGAGGGAAUAUAAUAUAGGUCUACCAUAUAAAAUAAAUUACAAUGACAUUCCAAAUAUGUCCCACCGUAGUGUUUUUCAAAGCCUGAAUUAGCUUCAGCUGCUAGGUCGGCUGCUUAUUGGACUGCCAGCUGGUUUUGGCUGCAAAAAUUAAUUCACCUGUCAUUUGCAAGCUGCUGUUUGUUAGCUUGUUAGCUUAGAGGAAUGUUAAUUGUUUGAAUAUUGUUAGGUGCUCCAACUGAAAAAUGUUAACUUACUCCAACACAAAGGGAGUCAACUCCAUAUGUGUAUGUACUGGGGAACCUAUCCAGCGUAAGUUCUCAACAAGCUGAACGGAAGUGUUCUUUGCAACUUUUAAAAGAAAACACACAAGAGUAUCUUUGGGUUUUUUUUUUUUUGGGGGGGAGGGUGGGGGGCAGAAUAUUUCAUAUUCUGCCACAGCUCAGUUUUGAUUAGUUUCACUGUUGCUGUACUUACUGUCACACUGGUGUUGCUUUACAGCUUAUUGUACUUUAGCCAUUUUGCAGUGUAGAAUUUUAAUAAUUAAACUCUCAGUUAGCCAACGUCUGUAUACACUGGCAUGGAUGUGUCAAGACAUCUUCCUAGCCAAGGCCUGUGUAUGACAUAGUUUUAAUGGUUGCAUGCAUUUUCAGCUGGAAGCCAAGUCUUACAUACAGGAGAAGAGCACUCAGUGUUUCACUCAGUCAGUAUGGUAUUGGUGAUGUUUAUUGUGGUAGUAGUUAUCAAACGAAUAUAUUGCUUGAUUAGUUACAAUAUGUAUAAUUUUUAAAUUCUGUUGUGCGCCACCAGACCAGUCUUCUGAUUUGGCACUGUAAUACGAUUCCCAGCAAGCAUUUUGGCAGAACAUUAUAUACAUCAUUGACAAAUGGUUUGCAAUGAACUAUGGGAUCUUGAGGCAGGAGAUACACCUACAUGCCUGUACACAUUUUAAAGAUAAACAAUGUGAACAUCAUAUUGAUAUGUGAGAAGCUUGAUUGACAGAGGACACAUACCUGCACUUGUUUGUGUUAGUGUUAAUCAGUUUAACCUACAGAGUCUUAGUUAAACUAUGUGGUUGUUCCCUGCACUUGGAACCGUACUUCUCUCUAAGGUUUUCAACACACUUGUUCCUGGUUAUGGUCAUACACUUUGUUGUACGUCGCUCUGGAUAAGAACGUCUGCCAAAUGCCUGUAAUGUAAUGUAAUGUAACUUGUACAGACAAUUGACUUUGAAAUUGUAUAUACAUUUAUUAGAAGCCAAGUGCAUGAAUGAAAUUGUACAUCUACUACUGCUCAUAUUAAUCAGGGAUGGAGUUGCUUUUUCAUUUUUUAGGUGAAUUUUUUAUUUAAAUCUGCUUUCUUCUGUUUAUUUGUUUUGUACUUGUGUGCAUUACGCUGUAUGGCUAUGUCAAAUACUUUGAGUCGGAAAAAUACAAAAUGCAAUAGAAAAAAAGUGCUUUGCGGAAAAAACUUCUUCUCCUUCUUCUUCUUAUUAUUUAUGAGUGAGUGCUUCACUGUGCUGACAAACAUUUUGCCAGAGGUCAUUUAGAACCACAUUUAGUGUCCCAGGAAACUGGACAGAUUAUGCAUGAGAUCAAAUGAGAAAGCCAAUUAUACUGAAAGAACUUGCACAGUAAUAAGAGCGUGUUGCAGGUCGACUUUUUAAAGCAUAAUUGACUUGAUAAGAGAAAUAGUACUUCAGAAAAAUAAGGAUUUUAAGGCUUUUUCUAGAAAUUUUGAGAGGACAUGUUUAUUGGCAAGUGUACAACAAAAAUGAAGAGUUACAUUAUAUGUUACCUCUCCUGAUUUCAAUUUGCUCUUACAGAGAUGGGAUGUGAAGAGGCAUGUUUUAGAACUACACAGAAUGGGACCUGCACUGGCCCUGAAUGGUCUAUGAAUAUAGAUGAGAUUUUUCCAUUGUACUAAAAAAAUAUCAUAUUACACUGCUUUAAUGUAGCAACUGCUCUUGCUUUUUGAACUAUGGUCAUUGGUUUUUAUGAAUUACAUCCGUGACAAAGGUGUUUCAUCAAUCGAGGCCAAACCAGGACCCUUUGAUGGAGGAUACUGAAAAGUGUUCUGCCAAGAAUACAACAUAUCGACAUUUAGCUCUGUGUUUUGGUGUAAUGUGGUUUUAAAAUGUAUUCAGUUUAAAAAUGUGAAUGUGCGCUGCAUUAAACAUGGAGCUCAGUGUACACGCUACACUGUAGUAUACUGACAGAAGAUUUUGAUUGGUAAAUGCAAAAGGUUUUGAUGAAUUUGCCUAAGAUAAAUGUUGAAUGCACCAAUUUCUUGGCCUCAAUUAAACAAAAGCUCGGAACUGACAGUCCAAUUUUCUGUUUUGGGAGAAAUCGCAUAAAAAAUGUACCUUGUAUGUUUUAUAGUGUGGUCAUUAAAGAUCCCAUGACACUAUUCGCAAAGAGUAGGGGGUUACCCGGUGUUCUGACUAAAAUCCCAGAACUGGCUCUUGCAAAAAACUUGCCACCUAAUCAUCCCCUGAUUUAAUUGGCUAAAAAAAUGUUCUCUGCCUCCAGUGGAGCUGGUUUUGUUGGCUGAUCCCUACAGUACAUUUAGACAAAGCCGUCAGCUUGCUUUGCAUAACAAUAAAUGUUAGAUUUCUUAAGAGAAAAC